AUGAUAGAGCGAUCAGCAUCACGACUCGAAUUCCUACGGGCUAUUGUCAUCUUCGUUGUAUGGCUGAUGCUCGGCAACGGCAGUACUACUGUAAUGGCUGCACCGACAGCUGAUCGGGUACUGCUCACUGAAAAUGUGGAUUUAAUCGUUUCCCACGGAAGGCGUACUGAACAACGGCUUUUUGGCUCGUUCUCACCUACCGGACUCAACUACGAAGUUCAAGGCGAUAUUGUCCAGGUAAAUUUGACUAGCACCAUCAGUUAA